UCGCCAUCUUGUUCUUCUUUAUAAAGAAGGACUUGUAGACUCCGUCAUGAGUUCUUUAAAGUUACAGAAGAGGCUGGCCGCCUCUGUUAUGCGAUGUGGCAGAAAGAAGGUCUGGUUGGAUCCAAAUGAAAUCAACGAAAUCGCGAAUACGAAUUCCCGACAAAGUAUCAGGAAAUUGAUCAAGGAUGGUCUUAUCAUUAAGAAACCAGUAGCUGUCCAUUCCAGAGCACGUGUUCGGAAAAAUACUGAAGCCAGACGUAAAGGACGUCAUUGUGGUUUCGGUAAACGGAAAGGUACAGCCAAUGCUCGUACUCCGCAGAAGGAUUUAUGGAUUCAAAGAAUGAGAGUUCUCCGUCGACUCCUAAAAAAAUACCGCGAAACAAAAAAGAUCGACAGACAUCUGUACCAUUCACUGUACAUGAAAGCCAAGGGUAACGUGUUCAAGAACAAGAGAGUCUUGAUGGAAUUCAUUCACAAAAAGAAGGCUGAAAAAGCCAGAGCAGAGAUGCUUUCUGACCAAGCUGAAGCACGUCGUACUAAGGUCAGGGAGGCACGUAAACGUAGGGCGGAACGUAUUGCUACGAAGAAACAAGAACUGCUGCAAUCUUACCAGCGCGAGGACGAAGCAGCGGCAGCGCAGAAAAAGUGAUUUAGAGAUCGUCUCAAUUAUUGUAUAAAUAAAAUAUAAAAUAACAAA